AUGGGCUCGACUGUCUUACCCCCGUUUGCGCCGUUCCCAACGGCAGCGUGGAAGGAGUUGCUGUCUAUCGACGAGUGGAACGCCAGCCUGGGUGCUUGGAUCUCUCUGGCCGAGGCCCAUCUCGCCCUCUCUGACGCCGACUUCUCCAAGCAGACCCUCGCAGAUGAAUCAGCCUCCCAGUUCCUCGCCUCGUUCAUCAGAGAGGUCGCCUCCCAUGGCUCUGCCCUGCUUGGCACCUCGGCCCCGGCCAGACUACUUCUCAAGGACUGCUUCCUACUCGCCUCCAGAGCCCUGAGGUCGUCCUCCCCACCAGUUGCCAUGCUGCAGUGGGAGUUCCUGUCCGACCUCAGCCACGUCUACAGCAAGAAGAGGGCCACCGGCGUCCUCUCCUCCCUGCCAGCCUCGUCCCAAGACACGGUCGAAGCAUUCCUGGGCCCUCUGAAGAAGUUCCUCAUCAAGAACCUGGACAACGGUCUCAGUGGGGAUCUGAAAUCCGUCGAGGGGUGUCUGCGAAGGCUGAGCCACCUCAUCAGUGCAUCCCCUUCGGCUGCCUCCUUUUUCCUGGCCGGGAGUGAAUUCCUCGACGGCCUCAUCGCUUGCUACAGGAUCAUGAACCCCCCAUUGAGGAAGGUCAUCAUCACUACCACCUACCUCAGUCUCAUGGGUCUGGUAGAGAGCAGCCCUCCGAAGCUGUCCCUCCUCACCGACCAGCUGUAUUCGCUCAAGACGGCCGCCGAGGACCACAAGGCCGGGCCAACCGGCGCCAACGACUCGCUCGUCCCCGAGCUCGUCAGCACUACACCAUUGCUGCAGCAGAUCGAGCACAGGCUCACGGCAUCAGGCACUGAGAACACCCGGACCAAGAAUAUGAUCAUAGACCUGGGCGCCUUCCGGAAACCAGGAGCGAGCAUGAAGCCGAAGCGGCUCGUCAGACGCAGGAUCGACAAAGGAAAGGGCAUCGCCCUGGAUGACCACGAGGCCAUGUCUGGAGAUGUGCAUGUCCACCGCAUGAGCCAGAUAACCCAAGUGCAGGACCUCUUUCCAGAGCUCGGAUCUGGCUUUGUAUCGAAGCUCUUGGACGAGUAUGGCGACGACACCGAGCAGGUCAUCGCCCAUCUUCUCGAGGAUUCACUGCCGCCGCACCUCAGCGGGGCGGAUCGUGCUGAGCAACUAUCUGCCAGCAGUGCGAAACCAAGAAGACGAUCCAGUCUCAUGCCGCGCUCAACACCUCCGCUACUUCCUUCGCGGCGUAACAUGUAUGAUGACGACGAGCUAGACCGUUUGGCCGUCGACACCUCUCAGCUACACAUCGGCAAGAGAGCCCCCGAAAAGACUGCGGACGAUAUCCUCGCCGACCGCUCCACCGCCCCCAACAAAGCAGCCAUCCUGUCUGCGCUGGCAGCCUUCGACUCGGAUGACGACGAGCGUGAUGAUACUUAUGACGCCGCAGAUGUCGGUGGCACCGUCGAUGCGGCGACCACGGAGGAUCCCGCCAACGACAAUGAGGAGACCCUGUGGCGGACGUACCAGAGCACGCCGAACGCCUUCGAGCGCGACCAGGCCACGCGCAGGAGUGCAGCCAGGACCAAGCUGAAGAGCGAGACCGGUAUGACCGACGAGGCCAUCGAGGGCUGGGCCGUCAUGCUGUCUCGCAACGCCAACCAGAAGCGCGGGCUGGAGAUGAAGUACAGUGCCGCGAGCACCUUCACCGGGCAGCAGAACGAGCUGACGAGCACGGCGUGGAGAGCGAGCCCAGCCGGAUCCGGAACCGAGCAAUCCGAUACCGACGGCGGCGGGCGUGGAGGGCGAGGUGGGCGGGGCCGCGGCGGCAGGGCACGGGGACGAGGAGGUGGUGGCCCUGGUCGAGGCGGCGGGAACGUGGCCGGGCCGAGCGGCGAGCAUGACACGGAGCAGGCGAGACGGCGCAAGGAGGCCAGCAAGAGCCAAAGGGCUAACCACAACAGGCGUGACCAGCGGGCCAAGAAGAUGGCCAGGGGUGGUUUCCCCGGCUGA